GACAAGCAGCCGCAGCUACCCCACAUAAGCAGCCGCACAUCAAGCGGCGGUUAUCUCAUAAACAUAAUACCAAACGGACCUGUUCUCCUUCGUCACUACCUACUAGCAGACGACAGAGCAAUAUGACGGUCACCUACACGACGCCCGAGGAGCUUGCAGAGAGUCUUUCAAUUCUACGCACAACUUUUUCUUCUGGGAAAACCAAGGAUAUCGCCUGGCGCAAAUGGCAGCUGAAGCAGGUGUGGUGGAUGAUCCACGACAACGAAGACGCCAUCGUCCAGGCUCUUCAGCAAGACCUCAACCGUCACCGCUUCGAGUCUUACGCCUCUGACAUUCUCGGAAUCAAAUCAGAUAUACUCGAUCAGCUUGAACAUGUUGAGAAAUGGGCUGCGGAUCAUAUUCCAAAGGAAGCUGGGUUUAUUUUCGGCACCCUGGGAAAGGCACGCGUUCGCAAGGAGCCUCUUGGAGUCGCGCUCAUCAUCGGCGCCUGGAAUUUUCCCUUACUCCUUCUACUUCAACCCAUGCUAGCAGCAAUCACUGCUGGUAACUGCGUGCUUCUCAAGCCAUCUGAGCUCGCGGUUGCCUGCGAGACCCUCCUCGUCGAUCUGGUCCCCAAAUAUCUCGACCAGGACGCAAUCCGAAUCGUCACUGCCGGACCGAAUGAGAUGCCUGAGAUCCUCAAGCAAAAGUACGAUCACAUUUUCUUCACCGGCUCAAACAAGAUUGCUCGGUUUAUCACUGCCGCGGCGGCGAAGCACCUUACUCCAACCGUGCUUGAACUCGGAGGCCAAGGACCCGCGAUAGUCACCAAGCUAGCCGACGUUGAUCUCGCCGCUAAACGGAUCGCGUACGCCAAAUUUCUCAACGCCGGCCAGAUCUGUUUGUCGGUGAAUCAUGUAUUUGUUGAUCCCGCUGUUUACGAUCAGUUUAUUGAAUCUAUAAGCAAGUGGAACGACAAGUUUCUUGGGGAAGGGAAGGGCGACCUUUGCCAGAUUAUCAACGAUCGCAAUUAUGCUCGGCUGGAGAAAAUGCUUGCUGCGACGCAGGGAAAAGUUGUGUACGGCCGCAAGGGAGAUGCCAGACAGCGUCUUCUUUAUCCCACUGUUGUCGGGGAUAUCUCUAUGAGUGAUCCGCUACUAUCAGAGGAGCUCUUUGGUCCUAUUCUCCCAGUUGUCAAAGCUGACUAUAAGUCGGCCUACGAAAUAAUCCGAAAGAUGGAUCAUCCGCUGGCCAUCUAUAUAUUCUCGUCAUCGCAAGCAGAGAUUGACGAGAUAAUCGCCAAUACCAACUCUGGCGGUGUCACUAUCAACGAUGUUCUGAUGCAUGCUGGUGUGCAUGGCGCCCCCUUUGGCGGCGUUGGCGAGUCCGGGUACGGCUACUAUCAUGGAGUUCACGGCUUCGACGCAUUCACGCACACCCGUACCAUCGUCGGUCCUCCCACAUGGCUAGAUAAAGUCAUGAGUUUCCGCUAUCCGCCUUUCCAUGUCAAACAUAUCCCCAAGAUCGAGGUCAAGAACAAGAUUGGGUUCAAGCGAGGCGAGACGCUAGCAGAUCAGAAGAUCAAAUCAGGCUCAGGACCGUUUUCCAGAGCCAAGACAGUUAUAUCUAUCGUGGUAUUGCUGGCCGGAUUGUUUCUGCUCACUGGUGCCUCAGAUGGGUUCAAGGCGUCAUUGUUCAACAUCUGCUCGACUUAUUCGGAAAAGUAUCUCAGGCCACUGAUCCACUCAGUGCAGCUCACCCUCCCAAAGUCAUAGUCAACAAUCUAGGUUGUAUAUUAUCAGAGCACUAAAUAUUCAAUGAAUGAAGUUAC